CACCACACUAGUAUCAAUCACUUAGCUUUAUCCCCAAAAGAAAACCUCAUAAUUUCCCCAAAUAAUCCAUCUAGCCACUUUCAGUGGCUCUCAACUGUUCCCUCCAUUAUAUCGUGUCAUACCCUCACACUUGCCACCCCCACCUCUUUCUUUUUCUAUACUAGAAGCGGGAACACACACUUCCCAUUGUUCCAAUUUCUCAGUUUGCUCUCCCAUAAGGGUUUGGGCAGAUAGUCCUUAGAACCCUUGUUCUUCACGUUUCGUAUUGCUCCAGAUAAGGCUAAUAACUGAUUUAUAAUCACCGGUGUUUGAACCACGAAUCAUGUCACGCAAAGCAUUGGACUAUGACCAGAUUAACGAAAAUGUAAAGAAAGCCCAGUAUGCUGUAAGGGGUGAACUGUAUCUUCGUGCUUCGGAGCUUCAAAAAGAAGGCAAGAAGAUUAUCUUCACAAAUGUGGGCAAUCCUCAUGCUUUGGGACAGAAGCCUCUAACAUUCCCUCGUCAGGUGGUUGCUCUUUGCCAGGCUCCAUUUCUUCUUGAUGAUCCGAAUGUGGGACUUGUAUUCCCAGCUGAUGCGAUUGCAAAAGCUAAAAUGUACCUUUCUUAUACAGCAGGGGGUUUAGGUGCUUACAGCGAUUCCCGUGGUCUUCCUGGAAUAAGGAAAGAAGUUGCUGAAUUCAUCGAGAGACGUGAUGGGUAUCCAAGUGAUCCAGAACUCAUAUAUCUCACUGAUGGUGCCAGUAAAGGAGUAAUGCAGAUGUUACAAACCAUUAUACGUGGUAACGGUGAUGGGAUUCUGGUUCCAGUCCCUCAGUAUCCACUAUACUCGGCUGCCAUAUCUCUGUUUGGUGGUGCUCUUGUACCAUAUUACCUGGAAGAGACGGCUAAUUGGGGUCUAGACAUCAACAACCUUCGCCAGUCAGUUGCAGAAGCGCGCUUUAAAGGAAUAACUGUAAGGGCGAUGGUGAUCAUAAACCCAGGAAACCCAACUGGACAAUGUCUUAGUGUGGAUAACCUGCAGCAAAUACUGAGAUUUUGUCACCAAGAGAACUUGGUCUUGCUUGGAGAUGAAGUUUAUCAGCAGAACGUUUACCAGGAUGAACGGCCAUUUAUAAGUUCCAGAAAGGUAUUGUUGGACAUGGGCCCACCAAUUAGCAAGGAGGUCCAGCUUAUUUCUUUCCACACUGUGUCAAAAGGGUUCUUAGGUGAAUGUGGACAGCGUGGUGGAUACUUUGAGAUGACAAACAUCCCUCCCCAGACAGUAGAUGAAAUAUACAAGGUUGCAUCGAUAUCACUCAGUCCCAAUGUUCCUGGGCAGAUAUUUAUGGGAGUAAUGGUCAGCCCCCCAAAACCUGGUGAUAUCUCGUAUGACAGGUUUCUUAGGGAGAGCAAGGGUAUUCUUGAAUCACUAAGGAAGAGAGCACACAUGAUGACCGAUGGAUUCAACAGUUGCAAAAAUGUGGUUUGUAAUUUCACAGAAGGUGCCAUGUAUUCGUUCCCACAAAUAAAAUUACCUCCAAAAGCAAUUGCAGCUGCAAAAAGUGCUGGAAAAGUUCCUGAUGUUUUCUAUUGCCUCAAGCUCUUAGAAGCCACUGGCAUUUCGACUGUCCCUGGUUCAGGAUUCGGCCAGAAAGAGGGGGUUUUCCACCUGAGGACGACCAUUUUGCCGGCCGAGGAGGACAUGCCUGCAAUCAUGGCGAGUUUCAAGAAGUUCAAUGAUGCGUUCAUGGACCAAUACGACGACCAUAGAGGGUACUCGAGGAUGUAAGGUGUGGUCGUUUUAUCCGUAUAUAGUUCUCCCGAUCUCGAUAUCGGGUGCUCAUUGUUAUUUCACUUCCGUAUUCUAUAUUGAUGUGUAUUCACUCAACUAUCUUCAUUCACAUCGUCAAUCAACCAAACCUCGUUACGUUAAAAUUGCAUCGUUUACGUCU